CAACUUUUUCAAUUCUCUUUUCAAACAUGGAAAUCUCAAGUCAACCGCACCUCAUCAUUUCGUCUUGGUUAAUAUUGGACACCAACUGAUCAUUUCCCACUAAUUCUUUAUCCCUUAGCUUUCUUCUAUAUAACCACCGCUCUAAUUAGGCAUCAAAUGCCAUCCAUGGGAAUUGAAGGCAGCAUGAAGGUUCAUCAGUUUGCACAUGGAUUCUGGGAUCAACAUAUGCACGAGCCACCCUCUCUUACACUUGGCUGUAAGCGAUUUCGCCCGCUUGCUCCUAAGCAACUCGUUGCCGCUGCCCCCACCACCACCACCAACUCCGACAGUACUGUCCCCAUCUUCGACCUCAAGAGCUUCAUUAGACCCGAAAGUGGGCCGAUCAAGAUUGGAUCCUCGGAAUACCACAAGAAAGAAUCGGCUCAGGUGGAGACACAUCCUGGAGGGACGAGGUGGAAUCCGACCCAAGAACAGAUAGGGAUACUUGAAAUGUUGUAUAGAGGAGGAAUGCGAACUCCAAACGCCCAACAAAUCGAGCAAAUCACUGCUCAGUUAGGAAAGUAUGGCAAAAUAGAAGGGAAAAACGUGUUUUACUGGUUCCAGAACCACAAAGCCAGAGAGAGACAGAAGCAAAAGCGUAAUAGUCUAGGUCUUAAUAGCCAUAGUCCAAGAACACCACCUUCUUCCAUACUUAACACUUCUCUAUUACUAUCUGACACUAAGGGGGACGAUGUGAAGGACGAAGACAGUCCGCAUAAGAGAAAGUGCAGGACAUGGACAUUUGAAGGCGUAGAAGAGGACAAGAAAUAUUGUACAGAAGACGAAGAAGAUAGGACCCUGAAACUCUUCCCUUUGCACCCGGAAGGAAGAUGAGCAAAGUAAUUCUAGAAAAUGUUCGACUUUCGUGUACUUCAAUUUCUUGCCUUGUUUUUCUUUCUUGGAUUGAAGAAAGAAAAAUGAAACAAGUGAAUUUGUAUCGAUCUCUUUGCACUCUGCUGAUUUCUGAUCUGUAUUCCAUUUCUAACAUGAAACUAAAGUCGUCUGUCAUUUGGAAAA